AUGGUCAAGAUUACGAUUUACAACCCGGAGAUCAAGAGUCAUGUGCUCUGCCAACGGAACAAGGCAGGACAGGCGUUUAGAAAGUUUCCUCCCCUCUUGGACCGAGUUUUAGUUGAAAGGAGUGCAGCCAAAACUGUAACAAAAGGACACAUUAUGCUUCCAGAAAAGCCUCAGGGAAAAGCAUGGUAUGUGACAAUAGUAGCUGUUGGUUCGGGCUCUAAAGGAAAGUGUGGAGGGAUUCAAACAGUUAGCAUGAAAGUUGGGGAUAAAUUUCUUCUGCCAAAAUAUGGAGGCACCAAAGUAGUUCUAGAUAACAAGGAUUAUUUCCUGUUUAGAGACCGUGACAUUCUCAGAAAGCACAUAGACCGAAACACAUUAUUAUUGCACGACCCCGCUUCACCCGCUCACGCUCAGACAUCGAACCAGAGCCCCGUAGUUAUUCCCGCGGCUGGAGGGGAAUCUUUGCCGCCCACCACCGCCGCUGCGGGCUGCCGGAGUUAG